AUGCCCGUCUCAUCGCUGGGUUUUGGUCAGGUUGAUGGCAGCUCAGCUGCUGGUCAUCAGUUCACUGAAGCGCUGCCCGCUUCAACAAGUUCCGAGCCUGAAAAGGCUCUCCCUCUCUCUCUUGAGUCUGGAACCGUCCCAGACUCUCUCAUAGGCUCUUCUCCUCUCAAGGAGCUUCCAAUCCCGGAGUUCCAGGAGGAGAGCAAGUCCUCUGAGGAUGACUCUGUGCUUGCCGCUCCGGCAAGCGCAGUUCUUGUGCCCAGUAGACAUACUGGGUUACACCAUUUGAGAUCGGCUGAAAAAGCCGAUCAACUCCCUUCAUACUUGAAGGGAGACAGUGAUUCCGAAGAGAGAAUCAAGUAA